GCUUCUUUCGGCGAAGUAGGAACCGGAAGCAGGUUCUUGUCAACAUGGCGUCCAGUGGCCCAGAUCCGGUGCUGGAGUUUUAGUUCAGCAAACUGUCAGGCUGACAAGGGAUUCUUCAUUCACAUUAUAGUGAGAGGAAGAGCGGGCGCAGUGCUGUGCUGUCAGUCAACCUGAGGUCGGAGAGUUGUGCAGGAGAGUCUCUAUGGGAGAGGAGGAUUGAAGUGACAGGCUGUGUCUGCCAGGAUGGACGUGGAGGAAGAGCACAUGACGACGCUGCUGUGCAUGGGCUUCUCGGAGCCCGCCGCCAUCCGCAAGGCGCUCCGCAUGGCCAAGAACGACAUCAACGAGGCUGUGGCCCUCCUCACCAACGAGAGCCCUGGCCUCGGCUAUGAGCCCAUGGAGAGCGGCGAUCGCCAGGUGGGAGGAGGAGGAGGUGGUGGUGGUGGAACCGGUUCCCGCGGUGGAGGAGGAGGUGGAGGGAGUGGUGGGGGAGGAGGAGGAGGGGACUACAGGAGUGGGUUCGACCCUCCACCCGCCUACGACGAGGUUGUAGAAGUGGAGAGGAGCAAUGAUGAGAAUGGAAACUGCUCAGGGAGCAUCGAAUUUCCCACCACAAAUCUUUAUGAAUUGGAAAGUCGAGUGUUUACUGAUCACUGGUCGAUUCCUUACAAACGUGAAGAGUCAUUGGGCAAGUGCCUGAUAGCAUCCACGUGCCUAGCACGGCUUGGUCUUGCUGAUGCUGAUGAAAAUUGCAAACGAUUUACAGAUCGAUGUAUGCCAGAAGCUUUUAAAAAGUUACUAACAUCAAAUGCUGUCCAUAAAUGGGGUACUGAAAUCCAUGAGGGAAUCUACAACAUGGUGAUGCUUUUAGUAGAUCUGGUUGCAGAGCGAAUCAAACAGGAUCCAAUUCCCAUCGGCCUUAUGGGAGUGCUCACCAUGGCUUUCAAUCCAGGCAACGAGUACCAUUUCAAGAACCGAAUGAAAGUGUGCCAAAGGAAUUGGGCAGAUGUUUUUGGAGAUGGCAAAAUGUAUGCCAUCUCACCACCAGUCAAUCUACAGAAGGAACCUCAUGGAUGGCUUAUAGAUCUGGUUAAUCGGUUUGGAGAAAUGGGUGGGUUUUCAGCAAUCCAGCUGAAGCUUGGUGCAGAAGACAUAGAAACUGCAGCUGUGUCUGCACUGGUGCAGCCUUUGGGGGUAUGUGCUGAAUAUCUAAAUCCCACAGUAGUACAGCCCAUGCUGGACCCAGUUAUUGAUAAAAUGAUUCGAUAUGUACAAAGUUUAGAAGAAAAAGAUCUGAAAGACAAGAAACUUGUCACCAUUCCAGAGCUCCUCUCUGCCAUCAAAUUAUUGUGUAUGCGAUUUCAGCCAGAGUUGGUAACAGUAGUGGAUGACCUCCGUUUGGAUAUACUCCUGCGCAUGUUGAAAACUCCCCACUUUAGUGCAAAAAUGAAUUCACUGAAAGAGGUUACUAAACUGAUUGAAGACAGUACCUUAUCCAAAUCUGUGAAAAAUGCAAUUGAUACUGACCGGUUAUUGGACUGGCUGGUAGAAAAUUCCGUACUGUCAAUAGCACUUGAAGGAAACAUUGAUCAAGCACAGUACUGUGAUAGAAUAAAGGGAAUUAUUGAACUGCUGGGCAGUAAACUCUCUAUGGAUGAACUUACCAAGAUUUGGCGCAUUCAGUCAGGGCAAUCUUCAACUGUCAUUGAAAAUAUUCACACCAUCAUUGCUGCUGCUGCUGCCAAAUUUAACAGUGAUCAGCUGAACCACCUUUUCAUCUUGAUACAAAAGAGUUGGGAGAUUGAAAGUGACCGAAUCCGACAAAAGCUGCUCAGCCUCAUUGGUAAAAUUGGCCGAGAAGCUCGUUCUGAAAAUACCACAGGAAAGGUGCUGGAGGUGCUUUGGGAACUUGCCCAUUUACCAGCACUACCCACUAACUUGGUCCAGCAGGCACUGGAAGAACACCUCACCAUACUUAGUGAAGCAUAUGCAGUAAAGGAGCAAAUCAAGCGAAGUUACAUCAUCAAAUGUAUAGAAGACAUUAAGAAGUCCUCCCAGCAAAAUAACCAGCAGCCAGUAUGGGUGGUUCCAGCUUUGCGUCAGCUUCAUGAGAUUACCAGAUCCUUCAUCAAGCAGAGCUGUCAGAAACAAGACAAGAGCAUUGUACAAGAUUUAAAGAAGAACUUUGAAAUAGUGAAGCUAGUUACGAGUAGCCUUGUGGCUUGCCACCGACUAGCUGUUUCUGCAGCUGGUGCAGGAGGAUUGACAGGGUUGACAAUUGUAGAUGGUAGAUACACACAUCAAGAUUACCUAGAAGCACACCUGAGGUUUCUUGCAUUUUUUCUUCAAGAAGCCAGCCUUUACAUAGGCUGGAACCGUGCCAAGGAGAUUUGGGAGUGCUUGGUGUCUGGAACGGAUAUUUGUGAACUAGAUCGAGAGUUGUGUUUUGAAUGGUUUACCAAAGGACAUGGAGACUUGGAGAGUGAUAUUCAACAGCAGCUUUUUAAGGAGAAAAUCCUCAAACUGGAACCCUAUGAGAUCACAAUGAAUGGGUUUAAUCUCUUCAAAACUUUUUUUGAGAUUGUAAACCUUUCUGAUCAUCGUUUGAAAAAACAAGGUGCUCAGCUGCAUGUUGAAAAGCUGGAGCUAACAGGAAUGGACUUCAUCUGGAGAAUUGCAAUGGAGUCACCGGAUGAAGAAAUUGCCCAUGAAGCAAUCCAUCUGAUCAUUAAUUACAGCUACAUCAGCCUCAAUCCGCGUUUAAAAAAGGACUCUGUUUCCCUUCAUAAGAAAUUCAUAGCAGACUGCUACAAACGUUUGGAAGUUGCUAGUUCAGCACUAGGGGGCCCCACUUUGACACAUGCUGUUACAAGAGCGACUAAAAUGCUGACAGCUACAGCCAUGCCUACUGUAGCUACAUCUGUACAGUCUCCAUCUAGGUCCAGUAAACUUGUCAUAAUUGAGCGGCUGCUGUUGCUUGCAGAAAGAUAUGUGAUUACAAUAGAGGAUCUAUAUUCUGUUCCUCGGACUAUCCUACCUCACGGCGCCUCUUUUCAUGGACAUCCUGUAACUAUCUCGGUCAUCUGCGAAUCUACGAAAGAAACAUUUAGCGUAGAGGCUCACAGCAACGAGACUAUUGGGAGUGUCAGGUGGAAGAUAGUAUCGCAAGUCAACUGUCCUUUGGAUAACUUGCAAAUAUUUGCCAAUGAUAGUUUGCUGACCAUGAACAAAGAUCAAAAAUUGCUCCACCAGCUGGGGUUUUCAGAUGAGCAAACAUUAACUAUAAAGACGCCCGUGAUGGGCACAGCAUCGGGGAGUUCAGUUGAUACAUCUGCCAGCAGUGGUGUGUUCAACUCAGCUUAUGCUAUGGAACAGGAGAAGUCACUGCCUGGUGUUGUGAUGGCACUGGUGUGUAAUGUGUUUGAUAUGCUUUACCAACUUGCCAACCUUGAAGAACCAAGGAUAACAGUGCGUGUUAGAAAGUUGCUGUUGUUGGUUCCUACUGAUCCAGCCAUUCAGGAGGCACUGGAUACACUUGAUGCUUUAGGCAGGAAACAGAAAACAUUGCUGACUGAUUCAAGUCACCAAACAUCGAAGUCACCCUCACUUUCUUCGAAGCAACAGCAUCAGCAUCAGCCUAGCGCAAACACUAUUUUGGAGAGUUUGUUCAGAUCAUCGGCCCCAGGGAUGUCCACCUUUAGAGUACUGUAUAACCUAGAGGUUCUCAGUUCCAAGCUGAUGCCUACAUCAGAUGAUGAGAUGGCAAGAAACUGUGCUAAAUCUUUCUGUGAAAAUUUCCUUAAAGCAGGGGGUUUAAGUUUGGUAGUGAAUGUUAUGCAAAGAGAUUCCAUUCCAUCUGAGGUGGAUUAUGAGACGAGGCAGGGAGUUUAUUCAAUCUGCCUACAGCUUGCAAGGUUUCUGUUAGUUGGCCAAACCAUGCCUCCUACUUUAGAUGAUGAUUUCCUGAAGGAUGGAAUGGAAGCAUUGUCCUCCCGCCCAUUUCGCAAUGUCAGUCGGCAGAGCAGUCGACAGUUAUCAAUGUGUGGCAGCCAAGAAAAAUCAACAAUGAGACAGAUGAGUGUGACAUCAGAUCGAUCAUCUAUCAGAAUUGAGGAAAUUAUACCUGCUGCCAGAGUGGCAAUACAGACAAUGGAUGUGAAUGAUUUCACCUCAACAGUAGCCUGUUUCAUGAGGCUGACAUGGGCAGCAGCUGCUGGACGUCUUGACCUGGUGGGGAGCUGCCAGCCAAUUAGGGAGAGUACCAAUUUUCUGUUUUCUGUUGGUAUUCGAAAUAGGCUCAGCAGUUCAGGCAGCACUUGCAGUACAGGAAGUGAAGGUGAAUCAACCACACUACAUGCAGGCAUCUGUGUGAAACAGCACUCAGUCUCCACCAAAGAUACGCUCAUUGCCCGAGAGGCCUUAUCACUUCUAGUCACAUGUUUACAACUCCGGUGUCAGCAAUUAGGUUCUUUUUAUAUUCUUCCUUGUGUGAGUGAUUUUAUCAUUGACAUACUACUUGGAUCCCCCAGUGCUGAGAUCAGAAGAGUUGCCUGGGAUCAGUUGUACACGCUGAGCCAAACGGAUACCUCCACAAACCCAGAAAUACAGAAACCUAACCAGUUCCUUCUACAUGUCAUCCUGACAACACAGCUGCCGCUAUGGUCCCCAACCAGCAUCAUGCGUGGAAUCAACCAAAGGCUUUUGUCUCAGUGUACUGAAUAUUUUGGCUUGAGGUGCCAACUCUUGGAUGACUUAACAUCUUCAGAAAUGGAACAGCUUCAAAUUAGCCCUGCAGCCAUGUUAGAAGAUGAGGUUAACUGGCUUGACAACUUUGAGCCCACAUGGACUGCUGAAUCAGAGACUAGCGAGUCAGAUAAUGUUCUGCUUGCAGGACAUCUGCGCCUUAUCAAAACUCUUCUGUCACUCAGCGGCCCAGAGAAGGAAUUACUCGGACCAUCAUUAAUCAAACAGCUCAUGGAAGACUUCCUGUUCCGUGCUUCGAAAAUCAUCUUGACCAGCAGCAGUCCAGCUGGGAGCUGCUCGAUUAGUCAACAGGAUUUUCAUCCAAAGUGCAGUACAGUCAAUAGCCGACUUGCUGCUUAUGAGGUGCUGGUUAUGUUAGCAGAUAGCUCUUUGAGUAAUCUCCAGCUUAUCUCCAAUGAGCUUCUCUCAAUGCACCACCAGUUUGACCCUGCACUUACAAAGGAGUUUGAGUACUUGCCACCUGUUGAUAGCCGCUCUGUCUCUGGGUUUGUGGGAUUGAAGAAUGGAGGAGCCACAUGCUAUAUGAAUGCAGUAUUCCAGCAACUUUACAUGCAGCCUGGAUUACCAGAGGCAAUGCUGUCAGUAGAUGACGAUGAUGAUGAGAAUCCAGAAGAGAAUGUCUUCUAUCAGGUUCAGUCUCUCUUUGGGCACUUGAUGGAAAGCAAAUUGCAAUAUUACGUCCCAGAGACAUUUUGGAAGAUUUUUAAGCUAUGGAAUAAGGAGCUGUAUGUACGUGAGCAGCAAGAUGCAUAUGAGUUUUUUACCAGCCUGAUAGACCAACUGGAUGAGCACCUUAAGAAACUUGGACGUGAACAGUUUUUCAAGAACACUUUCCAGGGCAUCUUCUCCGAUCAGAAGAUCUGCAAAGAUUGUCCUCAUAGAUAUGAGCGUGAGGAAGCAUUUAUGGCACUGAACUUGGGAGUGACGUCCUGCCAAAGCCUGGAGAUCUCACUAGAUCAGUUCGUGAGAGGUGAGGUGCUUGAAGGAGGCAAUGCAUACUACUGUGAGAAAUGUAAAGAAAAGAGGACGACAGUGAAGCGAAUGUGCAUCAAGUCUCUACCCAGUGUGUUAGUCAUCCAUUUAAUGAGAUUCGGGUUCGACUGGGAAAAUGGGCGUUCUAUCAAGUACGAUGAACAAAUAAGGUUUCCUUGGCUUUUAAACAUGGAGCCUUAUACGGUGUCUGGAAUGGCACGGCAAGAGCAUUCUUCCGAACAUGGUGAAAAUGGCAAAACAGGCGAUCAUGUGGGUGGAGGCUCUCCUCGAAAGAAAGGCGCCCCAACUGAAAACUAUGAGCUGGUUGGAGUAAUUGUUCAUAGUGGCCAGGCACAUGCUGGACACUAUUACUCAUUCAUCAAGGAUAGGAGGGCUAGUGGCAAAGGAAAAUGGUACAAAUUCAAUGACACGGUGGUGGAAGAGUUUGAUCUAAAUGAUGAGACGUUGGAGUUUGAAUGUUUUGGUGGAGAGUACAGACCUAAAGUGUAUGAUCAAUCAAAUCCCUAUCCUGAAGUCCGUCGCCGAUAUUGGAAUGCCUACAUGUUGUUUUAUCAACGAAUGUUAGACCAAAACUCUCCAGUUUUACCAAAGAAAAGCCGAGUUAGUGUUGUUCGGCAGGAGGCAGAGGAUCUAUCAUUGUCAGCUCCCUCUUCACCUGAGGUUUCACCUCAGUCGUCGCCUCGUCCUCAUCGGCCGAACAACGACCGCCUUUCACUGUUGACUAAGCUAGUAAAGAAGGGGGAAAAGAAGGGACUUUUUGUGGAAAAAUUACCAGCCAGAAUUUACCAGAUGGUGCGAGAUGAGAACCUGAAGUUCAUGAAAAACAGAGAUGUUUUCAACAGUGACUACUUCAAUUUCAUGCUUUCCUUGAUUUCACUCAAUGCAACUAAACUGAAACACCCUAUGUACCAAACAAUGGCAAAGGUCAGCAUGAAGCUAGCCAUCCAGUUCCUCUUCCAGACCUAUUUGCGAACCAAGAAAAAACUCAGGGUGGACACAGGAGAAUGGAUUACCCUCAUCGAGAGGUUGCUUUCAAAUAGUUGUGAGGCAUGCCAGUGGCUGAUUGAAUUCUUGACUGGAUCUGAGGGACGAGAACUAAUAAAGAUUUUCCUUCUGGAGUGCUCUGUCCGGGAGGUUCGAGUAACUGUUGCUACCAUCCUAGAAAAAGCCCUCGAGAGUGCCUUGCUUUAUCAGGAAAAGCUCAAAGGAUUGGACCAGUUGCUGGAUGUGCUGCUUGCCUUGCUUGAUAAAGAUGUAGCAGAGAAUUGUAAAAAUUGCUCUCAGUACUUCAUCCUUUUCAACAACUUUGUACAGAAGGGUUUCAAGGCCUGCCAAUUACUAUUCAAACACUCUGCAUUCAAACGUAUGCUUUGUUUCCUGUUGGGUCCAUCAAGGCAGAACAACCAAAAUCGACGCUGGAGCUCGGCACAGGCCCGUGAGUUCUGGUAUCUCCAUAUCACUUUGGCAUCACUAGUCCUACACUCAGACAUUUCAUCUCUGUUGACUGUUGAUCCUGGGCAGUAUAAAUGGCAUACACCUACCCCACAAGUACCUUUGCACCCAGAUGUAGAAACUCUCUUCAGACCUGAAGGACAGGCCUACCUGCUUGAGGUUAUGUAUGCCAUGCGAGAGCUGACUGGAUCUUUGUCAGUCAUCUCUGAGAUGGUGACUUACUGCUGUUUCUGCAAUGAGCACUUCUCCUUGGUGCAGGUGCUACAAACAAUUAAGAAUCAAUUGGAGACAGCUCCACCUCAUGAACUGAAGAACAUCUUCCAGUUACUGCAUGAAAUUCUGGUCAUUGAAGAUCCAUUGCAAUCUCGUCGGCUGAAAUUUGCUUUUGAGUCAGAAAAAGGGCUACUAGCCCUGAUGCACCAGAGUAACAAUGUUGACAGCAGCCGCUGCUACCAGUGUAUCAAAUUCUUGGUCCUAUUAGCUCAGAAAUGUUCAGCUGCUAAGGAUUAUUUUCGGGAACAUCCUCACCACUGGAGCUGGGCUGUGCAAUGGUUACAAAAGAAGAUGUCAGAACAUUAUUGGGCCCCACAGAGCAACAUAUCAAAUGAAACUUCAACAGCAAAGACAUUUCAGCGCACAAUUUCAGCACAGGACACAUUGGCCUAUGCUACAGCCCUUUUGAAUGAGAAGGAACAAUCUGGGAGCAGUAAUGGGUCAGAUGGCAGCCCUGCUACAGAGAACGGAGAUAGAACACUCCGACAGGGCUCCGAGUCUCCCAUGAUGCUUGGUGAUUCUAAAAGUGACCUUGAUGACAUGGAUCCAUAAAGAUGACUGGAAUGGCCAUGGGCAUAGUAAAUUAUCGUUGCUUGGUGUCGGUUAACCUUUUUAACGGUGAAGGACUGGGCACCAUACCAGAUGGUUUUAGGCACCAAUCAAUUUGGGGAAGGUGUGCACACACCCAGGUUGCAGACAGCAGGCCUUUAUGACUGUUGUGAAGUAAACGUCGACAGUUGAAGCUCCAGACUUGAUGCAAGUUCCUCCCCUGUUCUUUGAAGGUUUUGUAUGGAAAAGGAUAACUAGUGGUUGUGCUUGUGAAUAUCCAAAAAGACAAAUUUUUAUCUAAAUGCUUUCAGUAGUAACUACGGAGGAUUUGAUUAAGGUUUUAGUACAGUCUUGGGGAAAGGAGAACUUGUUGAUUUGUGUAUAAUAGUUCCCAGAGUUCAGAUUUUUCAGAGUAUCAAAAUCCUGUGUGGUAAUGCAUUAUAUAGAUUUAAUUUUAUUUGUACAAUAGAACAUCUGGUAAUUCUGUUCACUUGGUCGCAGAAAUUUUGUCUUAGAAUGUUUAGUAGGUCCCAGGAGUUUUGCAAGGAGUUUAGGUUUACAAGAAUGUACUGACUCAGCACAUUCAUGGUUUAACCUUAAUAGCAACCUGGUACUUUAUUAAAUAUUAGACGAUUACUUUAAUAUAGGCAACUUUUUCUUUUUUAAAUCCAUACGACUGGCAGCCAUUUUCCAAUUAGGUUGAUAUUGAGAAUGUAUAUUUUGUUGUGAGAAACUCAAAGUCCAAUCUUUAUGGCCAUAGGGAAGAAUUCUAGUUGGUGAUAUUAACUGAUAUUUCACUAUUCAUAACUGAUGUUAUAAGAUCACAAAACCUAUUCUGAUCACAUCAUAAAGUAUCUUAUCUGUUUUCAAUUUUUAAAAUAAUCAUAAUUUGUUUUAAAAUCACUCUUCACUCCUAUAUAACAUAAAUAGAAUAUGUAAUUGGCAAGUGUGGAAUAUUUAUUUGACUGAAGUUCACCUACACUAAUAAAUUGAUGACAUUGUCAUGUGUAGCUUCUGAAGUAACCCUGGUAAGUUUGGAGAGAAGGGUGCUCCUGAACACAGAUCAUUGGAUAAUUGGUUGAAAAUACAAGGCAGUAAUCUGGUCAGUGGGCUUAGACAGCAGAAAUGACAUUGGGCAGUUUAUAACCAUGACAUGGCCCUGACAGAUUAAAAGUUUGAAAUAGCUCUUUUUCUUUUAAAAGUCCUUUCAUUUUUGAAGGUGAGAUGCCUUUAAAAUAUUUAUGUUUAUCUAUCUCCCAUUUGACAUAAUAUCUCCAGCCAAAUAGGUGGAUGACCUGCUCCUAGGCCAGUCCUCAUAAUUCUGUAAAUCAAUCCAUUGGAAGCUGUGCAUACUGACUUGGCUGAGAGUUUUCAUCUCUUUUUGAAGAUGCCUUACCUUGCAUCUUCUUGUGGUAGCUCUGGUGAGAUGAGCUUAUGAUGUGGGGAAUUGCUGGCACAGACCCACAUGUGGCCAUUUUGUAGUGUAGACUACAGGUACUUCAAACUUCCUGUGCUAUAGCAGAGUAUUAUUUAUGAGAAUUAUUUUUACUUUCAAAUGUCAGCAGUAUGGUGGGUGCUGAUUUCCAGUAUGUCCCAUGUCAUGUACACGCUGACAUCCCAUUAAAGACUUAUUAAUUGUGACAUAUUGAUUUAAAAUUUUGAAUAAUUACUAUCAGCCAUUUACUAGACAUAAUACAGUCAGUUAUAUAAUUGAUAUUGACCACUUGUCCAUUACAUAGUUGUUCGUAUUUGGUGGAACAGCCAUGUUGUAAGUGUUAGUCAUAAACGUUGAACCGGGAGGGGAAUGGGAGAAAAUUAAUGUUGAUGGCAACAAAUUGUAAUCUGUGGAAUAUCGUUGAUAUAAUCAUUACAACAGAAACUUGGCAUAGAUUGAAAAAUUGACAAAAUAAAUAUAAAUUAAAUAAUUUUUAAAAUGAUGAAGUUCUGAUUAACUACAGUGGGAAAUUUUGAAUAUUGUAGGCAGUUAUUAGUUUCUUCCUUGGCUUCUAACUGGUUAUGCAUGCCUGUUAAGUCCAGAAUUUUUUUUUUUAUUAUUUAGAGUUUAAAUCUGCAUUUACCAUGUGUUGACUCAUAAAGAUUUGGCCAAGAGGUUCUCAGCAGUUUCUAACCAAGGGGAGAAUGUUGUAUUUUAAGUUAGUAACCCCAGUGGAGAUUGAGUUGACUUACUGAUGAACAAAAUUCCUGGAUCUGAUAUUUUAAUAAUUCAUAGAGAGGGAUGUCAAAAUGAAUGAUGUAAUUCUCAAAAGAAUAUUAAUUUCUAGCUCCCCCAGUCAGUCUGAAACCAGAUAGGCACUUGCUUCUACCUAAGAAGACUUAAAAUUAAUAACACUCAUUUUGAGGAAUGAAAGGAUUCAGAUUUCACAAUUAGCAGAACAGUCCAUUAGGAGUAUUGUGAAAAUAUUCAUCUAACCAUAAUUCUCAAAAGCAUCUUGUCAAUUAAAAAUUGGAUUAAGUAUUAAUUUAGAACAAUCAGACCUUUCCAUAUUUUAAAAUGUAAUUAUCAUUAUUGUCUCCGGCAAAAAAAGGGGGAAGAUUGUCAUUCUUACGCAGCACAAUGUUAACUACAGCGCAUAUUUAGUGAGAUUUUGCACCCCUCCCCACCCCCCCAAAAUGUUUCAUUCUGCUAAUCAUGCAGCACCUCAUAUCAUCUCCACCUGAAAAGGUAAAUGAUCACCUUCCAGGCUCAGAGUUAUAAUAGUAUAAACUUUAAAAUACUGUAUAAAUUUAAAUUAGCUGUAGAAAAGCUACAAUAUUAUGUAGGGUAUCUGAAUAUUGUAACAUCUCUGACUAUUUCCACCCUCCAUACUUUGAUUCAAACAACCAGUGAAUAUAAACCUAUACCUGAAAUGGUUAGUUGUCCAACUCUAGGACAGUGACUGUUAGACGGUGUGGACUCGUUAAGAUUAUUCCUCUCCAAACAGAAUUGGAAUUGGAGCUAUGAAGUCAGCUGCUGAAAUGGAUCCAGGAGUAAGCAGCUGGACUGGGGUUGCUAUUUAAAUGCUGUAAUAAUUUAAAAAAAGCUCAAGUGCACAGUACUUUAAUCCCUUCACCGGCCUGUGAAAAAUUUAGAAUAGGUCAUAUAGUAGAGUACUAUUUUCUGACUGGGUUUUAAAGAUGUUUGUAUAAUGUUUAAAAAUGAACUUCUGUUUUUCUUUAAAGUGCUUUGUUUUGUUACUGUAUGUUGAACAGCUCUUUUUAAUCAAAAUGGUUAAAUCUGUUAAACCUUGGACUGCUAACAUCCACUGUAUUGAAAUUAUAUUAUGGUUAUAAGCAGGCUACGGUUACUUUAAAUGCCCGACCAAUGUGAGCCUUUAUGUUAAUUGCAAACAAAGAUGAAGGUAGCAGAGUAAACCUAAAUACAAGUGAAUCAUCCUGGAGGCAUUUAUGUUGACCUAUAUUUAGGUUUAUGCCGGUGAAAGGGUUAAGAGCACAUUGGUUUUUGUUUUUCCAGUGUGUUUGGAAAUAUUUCGAAAUCUGAAUGCUUAUUUGUGGAUUGACUGCAGCAUCAUUUCUCAUUACUGAAUUGUCAGCUGACUAUUCAGUCCGCCAGAAUGCUACCACAGAAUAAUCAAUUAGGAUAAUGUAAAUCAUCUCCUGGGAAUCACUGGAAACCAAUGAGAUUGCAUGAGCUGAAUUGUGUAAGUGGAAUGACUGUGUGGUGAGUGAGAAAUACACAAGUUACAAUUGCUGUCAGCAUCCCAGUCACCUUUUUAGCCUUUGUAUUGUGCCAAUUUAUGAUUUAUUUUGGCGGGGUGUUGCAAGAGAUUUUUUUUAUUUGUCCAUGAUCGGUGUGUUUUUUUUCUUAUUGCCAAUAUUUCAAUGAAUAAGCCUUUGAUCUUCUGCCUUACUGUAUAGUCACAGUAUACCAAGAAUUAUACAUCUUGGGGGGUAGGGCUUUCAUCAGGUGAUGGUGUCCACUCUGGGCCACGAAACCAAAGGCACCGAUGGCCACAAGUGCCUUUUUUUUAUUUUUGCUGGAUCGCAAAAUGAAGCCUUGGCACAACAAAAGCCACCAAGUAGUGACAAUGGGAUUGGUUAGGUUGGCUGUCUUUUUAAAUGUUCAUCAAGUGUGCACCAGUUGGAGCUGCACAAUAACAUUAAUUGCAAAUCCCCAACUUCCACUUUAAUAAUCCUAAUGCUGAGGGGCAGAAAUAUUGAAAAUUACACGCUCGUCAGUGUUAACAAAUAAAAAUUACCUUGCAGUACCUGUUUCAAAUUAAGUCAGCGGCAAUGGGGUAGACACCAGGUAUGUUCUGCCAUAGUUUGACCAUUUAUUGUUAAAGUGGGCAUAAUUGAAAAUAGACUAAAAUUAAUUAAAAGUUACUAGUGUUCUCGUGCCCACUUCUUUUAGUUCCUUUGUGCUUAUCAAAGUGAGGGAUGUUAUUGCUGGAAGGCAACUUGUCCACCUUUUGACAUCAGGUAUCAUAGUCUAGAUGCAGAGUUAAGAUCCUUCUGCUGUGUCCCAAACUAUGUGCCUUAUCCCCAGUCUCAGAAAAACACUGGUAUGACAUUUCUAUUUUCCAUAUCAAGCCUUUGGGCAGUUCUGCAAGACAGGCAGGCUCAUGUUCACUAUGAAUCAAGUUUAGAGAUCAAUUCAAACUAAUUUUGAGAAACUUUUGCUGCCAACCGGGAGGGAAGAUUGUUUAAUCUCUUGUGUUGGAGCUGGAUUUGAAUCCAGAUUACUGACAUGAACAGCCUUUUAACCUAUUCCACUGCUCAGCCCUAAACAUAUUUGGUAAUCCCGACUAUUGGUUUUGAUAGUUAAAUCUAACAAGUUAACAAAAUAGGUUCCAACAACAAUCCUUCUUCUCUUUUACCUCCCUCCCAAAAUUUUGUUUUGUUCCUUCCCAUGGAUUCAGGUCCAUGAGCUGAACAAAGUUACCAGACUUCCUCAUGACAAUAUUUGAAAUGCUACAAGGAAGUAAGCAAAAAUGGCAGAGGUGUUUACCCUCUCUUGUAAAAGGGAUGCCUGAGUUCAGUUCUUGCUGCAUUCCCUUUGCUCCAUCUCCGAACACCAAACACAGGCCUGAAAAGUUGUAUUUGGGUCGAGGCGCCAAGAUCGGCUAUGAUUACAAUAAUUUUACUUAAGUGUAAUCUGCAUUCCAAUUAUCUGACCACUGUAGCCCAGUCUCUUUAGAAAUUUCUAGCACUGCUUUAAUAUUGGUUUGUAUUUUCCUUUUCCACGAAAAAUUAGAUAACAAAAAUUGACUGAACAGGUGUGUUACGGCCCACUUAUUUUUUCAACCAAUUUAAUAUUUACCUUCCACUCUUUUUAUAUGACUAACAUUAUGGUCAAUCAACUUUUCUGUAAUACAUUGUCAAAAUAGUUUUGGUAUUACUGUUUAAACUAAAUUGAGGUAUAGGCUGAACAUAUUAAAAGGAUCACCACCAGAACUGAUUAACUUUAUUACUGAAGUUCUUCCCCUUUCCCAACACAAAGAUGGUGCUUUUUAAAAGUUCUCCAAAAAGGCAUUUGUUCCAGUUCAAAGCAGCAAUUACUUGCAGCUUGGAUUUCUCCAAAACGUCUGUCCGCUAUUAGCUGAGCAGAGAUUAGAAUCUUAUCAUUUUGUGCAAGUUAGAGUUUGAAAACUUUGUCUCCAGUCAAAGGGAAUCACAUCAGGGGCAGACAGUUUGUCAGUUCAGAAGCAUCAUUCAGUUGGUUCUAAUUUAGCUGAGAUCAAAAAUGGCAGGUUUCAGAAAAGCUAUUGUUUAAUUGGAACAAAUUUUAGAGGUGAUAACUUAUCUCUGGGCAGUACACAAACUAUUCUAACAUGGAAAAUGUUAGGCUGGUCAGUCAUCAAAAACAAAUGACCCACUUCUUUUGCUGCUUCUGCCAAUUGGUGCAGAUGGCUGUCUAAUGGGUACAGAAGGACAGGGUUGGAAUUAGAUUUUUGGAUCUUGAAGUGAGCUAACAAGGUAUUUGUGAGUAUUCCAAGAUCAACACUUACUGCUUUUAUGCCAGGGUAGAAUUUCCUUUGUGACUUACCAACUUGCACAGAAUUGGAAAUCUUUUCCAGCCUUGUAUAGCUCAUCUUCAAUUGAUUGAAGAUGGCUUACAGAGAACAUAAUUACAGCUUUUAACCCUUUGAGUACUGGACUUUUAAAUUUUUUUCUAUGUCAAUGCCUGAAAACAAAACCUCUGAGAAAUUUUGCAUUGCGCAUGGACAACGUUUAUUUUUAUACCCACACAAAGCACUCUUCACCGCCCCACCCCACUUUCCACAGGCUAAAGGUUGUAUGCCUUUCUAAUCUUCCAGUUAAUAGUUUAAAUGAAUUCAGUAUGUUUUAUUCUAGUAUAAUAAAACAAUCCUUAUGAUUACUGUCAUUGUCAGCAAGAUAAAGCAAGAGCUCGCUUUAUGACUAACGAUUCUGACAGUUACCCCUCUCACCUCGGCAUGUGAAUGUGAUGCCAUGUAUGUAAUGUAAAGUAGCACUCGAAACUUGAUGGAACUAUUUGUGUUUUUUUUAUUUUAAAGUAGAAUUGUUUGUCUUAUUUUGAUAGAAAGCUCUAAAUAGUACUCAAAAGGUUAUGUUGCCAUAAUCCACUGAUUGCAUUUGUGAUAUCCCUUAACUAAAGGCAGCAUUCUCUCGUAAACGGAUUCCCAGACACUAGUCAUCACCCCAGUUAUUGGAAGUUAAAUUUGACUUUAAUUCAGCAUAGUAACUGAUAAUAGCAAAAUGGAAAUUAAAAUCCCAUUUCCAAGCCACUUUCCUUUUGGGAUACAACUAUGAUGCAAAUGGAAAUUGUGAUGUUCUUGGUGUAACAGUGCCUUUUCCUUUUGAAAUGGCCCUUGAUCACAAUUUGGUUGCCUCCAGGGUCGACAAAAGAUGAGUAAAAUAGUGGCUUCAUUAAAUAAAGAAGGGCUAUGCUAAGUGCAGUGGAGUUUUUUUUUUUACAGAUCCUAUACAGUCUUGAUUAGCAGUACUUAGUGAAUCUGUGAAUUUAUUGAAAAUCCUGGGUAUAAUACUCCUUUGAGAGAGAACUUUGGUAGUUUUGAUUUAAUGACCACUGAAAAAUAUUUUUGAUUUAGUAAAUGUAUUAAGUAGCUGCUGACACUAGCUUUCUAAAAAAUUUGUAACCAUCUCAAUCAUCUGAUUUAUGAGUGUGCAACGAGUAUGUUGCAGUCUCUUGUUAAAGGAAAGAACUAUGUUCCUCUGACAGUUAUAAUUUUGAGAUCUAUACACUUCCCAGUGCCAUUGAUCAUCUUGUGCUGUUUGGGAGAAAACAUUUGUUAUCCAAAAAAAAAUCCCAUUUAUAUUCCCAUUGUUGCUGGGAAAACAGGUGUGCCAUUUAAGAUACUGUUUGCUUUCAAAAUGCUGAACCUUACUUGAAAAAAUGUUUCUGAAAACUGAGUAUUGAAGUGUUUUAUUCAGACAUGAUGUACAUCAGUUCUAUAUUUUGCCUUCAAAAUAUUUCAUGGAGGAAAAACAAAUGUCAGGCUGCAGAUCUUCUGGGGGAAAAAAGAUCUUAUGGUCAGUGUACAUUCCCUCAUGGCUGCCUCUCUCUAAUGACCCAACUCUUCGAAAGAUGUGUUUAUUGUUCUGCAGGAUGUUAACUCUUUAACCACAAUUUCAAAAAAAAAGCUGAAUGAAUAACCACAUAGACUCUGAAAUUGGAAGAGAGGACGAAAAGAAGAAAAUCCAGUCCAUGUGAUUUAGAUUGCAUGUUUGACCAGUAUCUCAUAGAUUAUGGGUCUUGGCUCAUAAAGAAGACUCUUAAAGGCACACUGCUGUUUGUGGAUGAAUAGCCCAUGUGUUUUGUGGGGGGAUAAAUUGAAUUUGUUCUUUAACCUAAGAGGCUAAAAGUGCAACCAGCAAGGCUUUGUCCUUCAUUCCUAAAUCAAUACCAAUGCGAGACAAGUAAUGGUGCAUUGCCCAUAUGUGUUGGCAGUUGAGUUCUGUAUUGCCCAGGGAAUGUUUGUAUGCUGUAAUGUCAAUCUUCCUUUUUAAAAAAAAAUGGUAUGAAAAGUAACUUAAUAAAAUAAAAUGAUUUUAAAAAA